AUCGAUAAGUCCCGGAGGGCUACAUAUAGUGAGGCAAGAUAACAGGUGGUGUGUGUUGUGGUGUGAAGGAGGGUGAGAGUGGUCAGUCAUAUGAGAGAAUAUUUCAUCCAACACUCACAAUGGAGCGGGACGAGAGUGACGGAAAUAUUGUUACAAAGAACAGAAAAUCUCCUCCCAUAGAGUGGACUAACAUCCAGUUCAGUAAACUAACAAAGUUCCUAUUUCUCCUGGACAACGGAGACAAGACACUGGACAGCACGGAGACCACUGUACUUGAGGAAAUACCAUCAUCCCUCAAAGAUCAUAACAGCACGGAGAACAUGGCCGAAAAGAAAACUCGUCCAACUCUCGAGGCUCAAAAGGCUUUCGUUUCAGUCUUGACAGACGAAGAAUUCAGUUUUAGUUCAGUCUUGGAGGUGCUUCGGAGACGCGUUAUGGAGCUGGUGGAUUAUUCAAUAAUAACGCUGGAAGAGGACUCUGAAGGUGCUAACUGGGCUGUGAGGAAGCAAGACGAACACCUGCUGACUCUGGUUGAGAUUUGCCGUUACCUCGAAAUCGAUUGUCAAGGCCUUGAAGACAAGAUUGAAAAAGUCCAGAAGAAAUUAUUGCUUACAGAAGAAGAAAAGAAGACCACUUUCUUCACAAAUGCUGACAGUUUGCGCAUUUGCCGUAUAUGUGACCAUCUGACGAUCCCUAUCGUCCAUCAGCUGCUGGAUACUGUGAAAAAUGAUGAGAGUCUCAGCAAAUUCGUUCAUACAAAACUUGAUAUUUCCUUGGAGAAGUUAAGUAAGACAGAUGGUCUGAAGGAGGUUUUAUUUUUCUACAUGAUCAGAGUUUUAGAGGAAAACGAUAAACUCAACCGUAUAUAUACAGGCAAACUUGAAGAACUCCUGGAAAGAGUGAGCAAAGCAGUAACAGACAAGAAUGAUCGGCUCAUUAUCAAGGGUGUGGUCAGUACUCUGAGUGUGUACCCCAUGAAGUGUCGACCAGCCGGUCACUGCCUCGUCUUCUGCGUCACCAAGGACAGAAAAGGAGCACAAGGAGAAAUAAAAAAAGUUAAAAGUGUUUUUGAGAAUUCUCUUGGUUACACAGUUCACAUUGAAGAAAACCCAACUCACAAGACACUGCAGAAGUGCAGGAAAGAGCUGCUGAAGCCAAAGUAUCGCUUCUAUGACUCUAUCGUAUACUGGUUCAUGGCUCAUGGCACAGAGACCAACCUGAAGUUAGCCGAUGGCGAGGAUUAUAAGCGGCAGGAUUUUAUCGACGAGUUCUCUAAAAUGGACAGCUUCAGAAAGAAGCCAAAAUUAUUUUUUAUGGCAUCUUGUCGAGGGAGAAAAACCAUAUCAAUCAAAAAGAAAAAUGGGGUCCGAGUGGCGGUGGACGGGACCAAGGAGGGAGAGGCUUUUUCAGUAAUCCCAGAGAACUGCCACAACAUCACAGCCGUCUACUACAGGAUGGAUCGCUUGGUUGCUAAUGCAACUCUACCCGAGCAAUACUCCUUCAGGUUACCCGAUGGAGGCUCAGUGUACGUGGACACAGUGUGUCGUCUACUGGAACAACACCGCAGCGACAACAUUACACAGGUUCUCGAGAGAGUCUGUAACAAGAUGCACCAGAUACUGUUUUCUUGCAAUGAAAAGUUCGAGGGGGAGGCCAAACAGGCGUGUUACUACGAGAGUACUCUUCAGAAGACCUUCAUCGUGCCUGGGGAGCCUCAGGGAAUCUACCAACAAUAGGGUGAAACGACUUCAAAAGACAAAGACGAGCUUUUAUCAGGACAAAGUUUCGCUCUAUAUAGAGUUUUAUUAAGUCAUGACUUGCAAGACUUGAUGGAACUCUACACACAGCGAAAUGUUUCAGUUAAAGCUUGUUCUGUAACUUGAUUUGAUCUUUUCACUGCCGAAGUUCAUGAAAUGGGAAAGUUGGGGGUAAAUAAGGUUGAUUCGACGAAGGAGAAGGGUAGUUCCAAUUCCUUAGAUCAAGAGCUCUUCACUGGCAGCAAAGGACUCCUCUGAAGGGAGUAGUUCCUGUUUUUUAUAGUAUUAAAAUCCACCCAUUGCUAGAAGACCCUUAAGAAACAUGUCACAAGGAAUGUCUAAGAGCAUCUUUUGAUAUCACUUGAAAGAUCACAUUGUUAAUAACUUCUUAGGAACCUGUAGAUAUUUACAUUAAUGAGCAGGUGUACAGGUGUACCUAAUAAAGAGGCCACUGAGUUUCUGUUAAAUGCUUCAUUGUAGCCCAAGAAUAUGCAAUUUACCAUGCCCUAUCUACUUCUCUUCAGCUUUAUUAUUCUGCUAUAAAUCUGUAAGUUCAUGAGGCAGAUCUUACGGUCAAAUGUUAGUCGCUUAAUUAACUUCUUUAUUACCUUAUUUUCUCACUUUAGACAGUAUACAUGUUAGUAAUACCGGUUGAUAAUUGCUUUCCUCUUGUUGUAAAUAAUUUUAAUAUCCUGUGAAAUGGGGAACCCUCCACUUUAGUUUCCUCAGUAAAAUAUCUGGGAAUCCCCUAUGACCCAUGCAUGUCAGGUGAAUUGAUAGGAAACAGUGUUGUAAAGGCAGCGAAUGCCAGACUGAAGUUCCUCUACAGACAAGCACAGUGUCUACCUACUGAGGCUCGCAGGACCCUAUGUCUAGCUCUUAUACAAUGUCAUAUGGACUACGCUUGCUCUUCAUGGUACUCUGCCUUGACAAAAAAAAAAAACGAAAGAUAAACUGCAGUUCACCCAGAACAAAAUGGUAAGAUUCAUCCUGGACCUGGGACCAAGAGAACAUGUAGGCCAGGAUGAAUUACAACAACUGGUUAUGCUGAAUGUUGAAGACAGAGUAAAAUAACUGAAGUUAAAUCAAAUUUACAAAGUUGCUCACAGACAGUGUCCAGAAUAUCUUGCUGCUAAUUUUGUCAAGGUUGGGAACCAAAGUAAUCACAGUACUAAGGGGAGAGAACACAACUUUGUAGUACCCACAGUCAGUGGCUAAGCUUCAAACACCUUUUAUUGUACAGCAAUAAAUGAAUGGAACAGACUGCCCGCACAUGUCAAAGCCAGUCAUAGCAUGAACCAGUUCAAGAAGAGAACCAAAAGGUACCUAAUGAAUGUAGCGACAGAAAGAGAGGAGAAUGAAUUUUUAUUUUUUUUAGCUAACACAUGUAAAUGUAAAUAACUUAUUUUACAUUAUUCCAAGUAUAUCACCUUUAUAGUAUAAUAAUAAUAUAUUACCUCUUUCAUAGUAUAAUAAUAAGGUAUUAAAAGGACCCCAAUGGAAAUGUCACUUUUUCUGACUUUUUUGGGGUUAUCCUAUGUUCUCUACACAUAUGUUGCUAUGUAUGAUAAUUCUAUGUAACUGUAUUUGUGUAUACCAGAAUAAACUAACUUAUUCCUGUGCUUAUGUAUUAUGAUCAUAUUUGUGGGUCGCAUCCUGGGGACAAAACUGUCCUAAUUU